AUGGCCAAGGCCCUGGCCAUCCUUCUACUGAUCUUGGCUGGUGAUCUGAGCGCUGGUUUGGUCGUUUUGAAUGAGAAUUCGGUCGAUAAAAGUAGUGACGUCAUUGAUGGCACCAGUCAUUCAGACGAUGACAUAAGAUCACCAUCGGCUGAAAUGCCCUCCAACGAGAUCUUAGCUGAAGAAAUCAAGCCAACAACAUCCUCCAGCCCUCUCUAUCAUCAACAUAAAUCCAGUUUUGCGGCCGAAUCGAAGACUUUCUGGCUCUGCCAAUCCGAUGCUUCGUCAACAGAAUGGACUGGGGCCGAGUUGAAGACUCCUCCACCGAGUCAGCAGCAUGUGGCCAUCUUAUCAGAGCCCACAGAGGAGGCGGAGAUCGACAUUGGAGAGAAUGGGACCAUCCCUUUCCGGGCCCUCCAAUCCAUCGGAUAUCAGGCCGUCCAGUGUACCCUCAGGCUAGAGGCGUGUGCCGAUUGUUUUGUGAGCAUCGAGAUGGACUCGGUUAGACCGUAUUUCACUCAAUUUCAAGUCGAAAGAGUAAGUUUUCCAAGCGGGAUAUUAAUAAUAUUGAUUUUGAUGACUUAAAAUAUUUUUUAGAUAUCCAGAUGUGAUGACCCCACAGCGGCAAUGUCUGAUCCUUGCUUUGUGAUGGAUUUCAUCGAGGAAAGGGCGGAUAUGUUUGGGACAUCCGAUCGGGCCCAUUUCAAAAAGAGUUCCGUCUGGAAUUGGCCUGAAAAACGGAUUCACAACACUUCCAGUCAUUCGGUGACCAUUCAUUUGGCCAUGAGGAAUGUGGAGUCCUCGAACCAGCUGUUCAACUAUCUUCUGAGGAUGUUUCCUAUAAAAAUUUCUGUCCACAGUAAGUUGAUUUUGAGAUUAUCAACUAUUUUCGUAAUGAAUAAUGCAAAAAUGUUUCAGAAAACACGGAAUACAAGGACAACUUCAGCUUCGAUCAUUCCAUUUCCUCUCCAAGGUACCCUGAAGCCUAUCCUCGACAUAUGAUCAAGAAUUACACCAUCGAAAACAAGAAUGAAUGGGGCAAAGUGAAGCUGAUCUUUGAUGAUUUCCUCAUCGACUUCCAAUCCAGCCUCAGGAUAUUUGAUUCCGAUGAGACGGAGAUCUUCAGCUCCCUUUCAACCCAUCGACGGCCUCCGGCAAUCUUGUCCAAUGGCCCUAGAUUGACGAUUCUUUUCGUUUCCGGCAGCUUCACUCAUGUCGUCGGAUUCAGAGCCAGAUUCGAAUUCGUCAAGGAAUUUGUGGACUGGAGGAAAUUACCCAGCGAAAGUAGGGUUGUCAAAACCUAUCCAUCUCUUUCAGAUUGUGAUCAAAUCCGAGAAAACUUUGGUGGUUAUAUUACAAUUGAGAACAAAUCCGAUCUUGUUGGGAAAUACAUCGAUUGUAUAUGGCUUGUUGGUCGUUUACCAUCAUUCGCUCAAGUAUACGAUCAAGUUUAUGUCAAACUGGACAAGUUUGAGCCGAAUGAAGCCAAGGAUUUGAGGCUGGAGUUCAGAAAAGGGCUUCAUUCCACGUCCCCUGUGGCAUUUUCGGUGGAUUCGACUACUCAGAGAACGAGAUUCACACAUAAAUAUCCAGUAAUGCUGGUUAAUGAUCAGCACCCUCAUCCCUCAUUCUACGUUCGGCUCAGAGGGAUGUUACACUCAACUUCUGGUGAGUUUUUAAUCCGCAAGCUGCGCCCUGGGCUUCGCGAAAUCUUAAAGUUUGAAUUUACAAAACGUAAAAUUGUUUUAUUACAGAGAUCCGGCUGACUUACACAUUAUUUUACCGCUGGGCGACCGCGUCUUGUCCGGGGAGAUUCGAAUUCCAUUGUCAAAAUUCCCGAUGCAUCAGCGAAUCCCUCCGUUGUGAUGGUGUAGAUAACUGCGGGGAUGGGAGCGACGAGGUCUGCGAGAACAACACGCUUAUGAACCUGGAAAAGGACAACGACAUCACCAUGUUGUUGGCCAUUGCCCUCAGUUUGGCCGGCAUAAUCCUCGCUCUUUCGGCCAUGAUUGCCUUGGUGGUGGGACUGCACAGACGGAAGUGGAUGAAUUGCCGGUCUCAUAGGGCCGAGAACACGGCCGAAACCCCACCAACUAGCACCGAGAACAGCAAUCCUUCGAUACAUACGGUCGGUGAUCGUCGAUUUUAUUUAUUGCCUGAGGCAAGAAUCAACGUCAUCGAAGCUCCGCCCACUUAUGCGGAUGCCCUGAAACAACGGAUUGUGGGGGAACGAAGGGAUUCCGUUUACGAGAACGGAGCCUUCCAUUAUCAUCGAGAAGAGAGUGAUAAAGAGGAUGACGUCAUGAUGACCUCAGGGCAUGCAACAAACAGAACCAUCGAAGCGGGCGUAGAGAGAUUUGUGGAUGAAAGUUUGGAGGAAAACAAUAAAGAAGACCAAUCAGAGAGCGGAGCAGAGAAGGUGGAGAAUGAGGAGACCAGACCAAGUUUAAACCCCGACAUCACUUUACCUUCAUCCAGCAAAAAUGAGAUUUACAGUACUCCGACAGCUGAUGAUAAUGGAAAUAAUCAUGAAACCAGUACAGACCAUAGAGCUGGGAACAGUACUACUAUUAAAAAUAAUCUCGAACAAGUCGAUCUUGAACGGCCUUCAGAAGAAUGGGUAUAA